AUGGCACCUAAGAACAUUGAGGACUGCUCUUUCGAUGAGCUAACAAAGGCAAUGACAGGGCACCUUGCACCCCAGCCGUCAAAGAACCACCGCCGUUACGAUUUUGCCCACAGAGAGCAACAAGCGCACGAGUCAGUAAAUGAGUAUAUUGCUGCUCUCAGGGAAAUUGCGAUGUAUUGUCAAUUCACUAACCUGGAGGAGCGUCUGUUGGAAAGGUUCAUCGUUGGCGUGCGAGACAGCCAUCUCCGCCGCAAGCUGCUGGCGAAAGAUGACAUCACGAUGGCCACAGCCAUGAACAUGGCCAUGGCUUCCGAGAAGGAUAAUGCCCACGGAAGGGCCCCAAUUUCCCGAGCAGAAGGGGGGACCCAUCGUGUUCAGCGAGACCGUUCAUCUUCUGGCAAUUCCCCCGAGGAUGUCCACCGAACCCUAGGCCAACCCGACCGCAACCGCCGCUCCCAAGCUGCGCGCAAGUCGAACCAGCAUCAGUCCAACCCCCACAGCACCUGUGCCAGUUGUGGAGAGAACCAUGAUCGUAAGACAUGCAGGUUCCGUGACGUCACAUGUCGAGGCUGUGGCAAAGCCGGGCACAUCAUGCGUGUCUGCCGUUCCAAGAACGCAGGAAUACGACCCAGACGACGCGUGCACGAGGCCCUCGAAGAGGUGGAGUUGCAGUCAAUCUCUUCAGACAGGGUAUAUCAGUUUCCAUCCCUGGGAUCUAAUAAGCUUAGGGUGCAAGUUAGAAUCGAGGGAAAGCCGUGCAAUAUGGAGCUGGAUACCGGCUCAUCGUAUUCCAUAAUAUCGGACAAGACAUUUAGAGAGCUUUUUCCCAAACGGCCCCCACCUCUCCGACCAGCCACUGUGGUGUUACGAGACUUCCAGAGAAAUAUAAUUCAGCUAAGGGGUAUGGGCACUUUCAAGGUUCAGUUUAAGAAUCACAUUAAGAAAUUGGACCUCAUCAUAACUAAGGGGCCCUUUACCAGCCUUUUGGGUUUGGCGUGGUUUGGCCCGUUAGGCUUAAGCGUGUCAGGACUAAAUCAAAUUUCACCUGGGACAGGAUUUGAGUCAAUCUGCCAGGAGUUUCCAUCAGUUUUUGACGGAACCUUAGGCCUUUACAAGGGACCCCCGAUCUCCCUACAGAUCAAUCCCAUGGUGCAACCCAUUAGGGUCAAGGCUCGCAGAGUUCCGUUUGCGCUCAAACCCAAAAUUGAGGAGGAACUGGACCGUUUAGUGGCACAGGGAGUUUUAGAGCCGGUUACAUCGGGCUCAUGGGAAACCCCAAUUGUCACCCCGGUUAAACCUGAUGGCUCAGUCCGCAUUUGUGGUGACUACAAGUGCACCCUGAACCGGGCCCUGCAGGACCAUGCCUACCCGGUUCCAAUAGUUAGCCAUGUAUUGGCCAACCUGGCUGGGGCCAAGGUCUUCGGAAAGCUGGACUUGGCACAAGCGUACCAGCAGCUACCCGUGGAUGAGGCCACAGCUGACGCCCAAACAAUAGUUACCCAUAAGGGCGCCUUCAGAGUUAAACGUCUGCAGUUUGGAAUCAGCGUGGCUCCAGGAGUAUUCCAGAGUCUAAUGGACCAUCUUCUUAAAGGCAUCCCUGGAGUCACGCCGUUCUUCGAUGAUGUGUUGAUCGCUGCGCCGUCGAGGGAGGACUUCGCCGCUAGCUUAAGGACAGUGCUACAACGCUUCCAGGCGGCAGGACUUAAGGUCAAACAGAAAAAGUGCCUAUUGGGAGUGAACAGCGUGGACUUCUUGGGGUUCCGAGUGGAUGCAGACGGCCUCCAUCCAACCGAGGACAAGGUGCGUGCCAUUUGUGAUGCCCCCGCCCCUAAGAACAAGGCAGAAUUGCAAGCUUUUUUGGGACUCCUCAAUUUCUACCAUGCGUUCCUGCCACACAAGGCGGCAGUGGCCGAGCCCUUGCACAGGCUUUUGGACAAAAAAGCAUGUUGGGUGUGGGGCCCACGACAGGCAAAAUCUUUCCAAGGGGUCAAAGAAUUGCUUAUCUCUAAUUCGGUGUUGAUGCAUUUUGAUGAAAAUCUCCCAGUGGUGUUGGCGUGCGACGCUUCCCCGUACGGGGUGGGCGCGGUUCUGGGCCACCAACUAUCGGACGGAAGAGAAGUCCCAGUGGCGUACUUCUCCCAAACCCUCACACCAGCAGAACGCAAUUACUCCCAGAUUGAUAAGGAGGGUCUGGCAGUGGUUAAAGGAGUAAAAAAAAUUCAUGACUUCCUUUAUGGCCGGCCCUUCACUAUCGUGACGGACCAUAAGCCUCUCUUGGGACUCCUUGCCCCCGAUCGCCAGACGCCUCAGAUGCUCUCCCCUCGGGUUCUGCGUUGGUCCAUUUUCUUGGCCGGCUAUCAAUAUUCCUUAGAGCACCGACCCGGAAAAGCCAUGGGGCACGCUGAUGCUCUCAGCCGCUUACCGCUGCCCGAGAAUGGUCCAGAUCCUGCUCCGGCUCACCAGAUAAUGCAACUGGAGGACUUACCUGACCAACCCCUACAUGUGAAAGACGUGGCUGCUGCAACAGCGAAAGACAGGUUGUUGGCUCGUGUUGCAGAGUGGGUGGGGAGGGGUUGGCCUGAAAAGCCAGGACCGGAAUUCUCAAGCUUCACAGCUCGCAAAGACGAGUUGUCGUCACACAGGGGGUGUAUACUGUGGGGUAGCCGAGUCAUAGUUCCCCCCUCACUUAGGAGAAAGGUCUUAGAAGGUUUGCACGUGUCCCAUCCGGGAAUAGUCUGGAUGAAGGCACUGGCCCGGAGUUACGUCUGGUGGCCGGGCAUAGAUGCCGAGAUUGAAGGGUGGGUUAAACAUUGUGAACCCUGCCAAGUGUCGCGGCCGGAUCCCCCCAAGGCACCAGUUCAGUCCUGGGAAUCCACACGGUCCCCAUGGUCCAGGGUGCACAUAGAUUAUGCAGGGCCCUUCCAGGGCCAACUGUUCCUCAUCGUGGUGGAUUCCCAUUCCAAGUGGCUCAAGGUGACACCGACCUCCACCAUGUCCAGUAGGGCGACUAUAAACUCACUCAGGAAGUUAUUUGCCACACACGGCUUGCCUGACACCCUGGUGAGUGACAAUGGAACAGCUUUCACUUCAGCGGAAUUCCAAGAGUUUGUGUCUAAGAAUGGAAUCCGCCACAUCAGGUCAGCUCCCUUUCAUCCAGCCACCAAUGGCCAAGCAGAACGUAUGGUUCGCACAACUAAAGAUGCGCUCAGGCGUAUAAUACAGGGAGACUGGACCCUCCGUUUAUCAGAGUUUUUGUUGGCUCAACACGUCACCCCAAGUGCAACCACUGGCCAUAGCCCAGCUGAGUUGCUUAUGGGAAGGAGGCUCACUACUCUCCUGGAUCGCAUACAUCCCGACAGGGCCUUAGAGCAGCGACCACACACCGUGGAGCGGAAAGCACCUAAGGGAUUUGCCCCAGGGGAUCCUGUAUAUGUUCGGAACUAUGGGUUUGGACCAGGUUGGGUACCAGGCACCAUUGAGCGUUGUACAGGGCCGGUUUCCUAUGAGGUGAGGCUGGAGGGUGGACUGGUUUGGAAAAGACACCUCGACCAGAUCAGACCCCGGUCAUCUCCCGACCCAGUACGGCCAGAGGAACCACAGGGUAGUGCAACAGACGCAGCUGGUGACUUGGCAACUGGGACAAGUGGGGAAACGGAGGGUGUGCCGCCAACUGAGACACCUCAACAGUGCGAUCCUGGGCCGGUGCCCACAGCAGCCCCGCAACCGGCAACACCUGCAGAGCCGCCUCGGUUGAUGGCACCAAUCAGCAAACAGGGACUUGGAGAUGUUCCUCAGUCGCAGGUGCAGACCCCGGAACUGCGAUGGUCCCAAAGAGAACGUAAACGUCCAACACACCUUAAAGAUUUUAUUUGUUCAUAA